CUAUGUUUUUAUUACUUGGUGAAACGAAAUUGAUUGAAAUUGAACCUUGUGUGUGUAUGAACGAAAGUUUGUUCUUCAUUUCGCUCGGCGCAAACUCAGUCGAUAGAGCUUAGGGCAAACCCACUCGUCCAGUUGUUCCUUCAUUUCUACUCUCUUUCUCUUUUCUUUCAUAAAAAUGGUGGACGCCAUGGAUAUGCUGAGAACGUACCUCUCAGGUGUUCGUAUUCCUGGGCCAACCAAUCGCAUCUUCAAACAUGAAUGCUGUGUUUCAUUCGAUACUCCAAAAUCUGAAGGCGGAUUGUACGUGGAUAUGUCUUCUUUCCUUGCUUUUGGGAAAGAUUUUGUGCUUUGGAACUACGAGAAGACCAGACAUCCAGUGUAUCUGCAUAUCAAGCAGACAAAGAAGGUGGUCGCAGAAGACAGGCCUUCAAAGAAGCCUACUAUUUUGGCCAUUGGUGUAGAGGGAGGUUUUGGUAGCAGUGAACCUGAUUAUGAAGAAUCAUACAACAUUGUUAUAUUGCCAGACUAUGCUAGUCUUCCAUUUCCUUCGGUGGACUUACCAGAAAAGGUAAGGUUAGCUGUUGAUGCUAUUAUAUUGGCCGAGGGUGCUGAGAAAAAGGAGCAAGUUGCAGCCUGGGUAGCUGAGAAGCACGUCAGUGCAUAUGCCAUGUGUUUGCCACAGAUUGAGAGUAGCACUGUCAUUCCUCCAUCUGGGUGGAAAUGUGCAAAGUGUGAUAAAACAGAAAAUCUCUGGUUAAAUCUAACAGAUGGGAUGAUCCUCUGUGGUAGGAAAAAUUGGGAUGGAACUGGUGGCAACAACCAUGCUGUCGAGCAUUACAAUGAGACAAAAUACCCACUUGCUGUGAAGCUUGGCACAAUAACUGCUGAUCUAGAAGCUGCAGAUGUUUUCUCUUAUGCGGAGGAUGAAAGUGUCAUUGACCCACUUCUUCCAAAGCACUUGGCACACUUUGGGAUUGAUUUUUCUUCAUUGCAAAAGACUGAAAUGACUACUGCGGAGAGGGAGCUUGACCAGAAUACGAACUUUGAUUGGAACCGGCUUCAAGAAAGUGCUGAUGCACUUCAGCCAAUAUUUGGCCCAGGUUAUACCGGACUUGUAAAUCUUGGCAAUAGCUGUUAUCUGGCAGCAACCAUGCAAGUAGCAUUUACCACACAAGCUUUUAUUUCUAGAUAUUAUGCAAAUCAAAGCUUGAAAAGUUCUUUUGAUGCUGCUCCUGCUGAUCCUACAGUGGACCUGAAUAUGCAGUUGACAAAACUAGGUCAUGGAUUGCUAUCUGGGAGAUAUUCAAUUCCAUCAUCAGAGAAACAGGAAGGUAUUCCUCCCCGGAUGUUCAAGACAGUUAUUGCUGCCAGUCAUCCAGAGUUUUCUACCAUGAGACAGCAGGAUGCAUUAGAGUUUUUCCUACAUCUUCUAGAACAAGUCGAGCGGGUUAAUGCUGGGAAUACAAAACUGGAUCCCUCGAGAAAUUUCAAGUUCGGCAUUGAAGAUAGAAUUCAGUGCCCUUCUGGAAAGGUUACCUAUAAUAGGCGAUAUGACUACAUUCUUUCUCUCAACAUCCCAUUGCAUGCGGCUACGAAUAAAGAUCAAUUAGAAGCUUUCCAGAAAUUGAAAUCUCAAGCAGAAUCCGAAGGAAAAGACUUGGCUGCAGCUGAAGUAGUUCGUCCAAGGGUGCCAUUAGAAGCUUGCCUAGCUAGCUACUCAUCUCCUGAGGAGGUGAUGGAUUUCUUCAGCACUGCGUUGAAGGCUAAGACAACAGCAACGAAAACUACUGGUCUUACAUCCUUUCCUGAUUAUUUGGUCUUGCACAUGAGGAAAUUUGUUAUGGAGGAUGGAUGGGUGCCCAAAAAGCUUGAUGUCUACAUAGAUGUACCUGAUAUUAUUGAUAUCAGUCACAUGCGGAGCAAGGGUCUUCUACCCGGAGAAGAGCUUUUACCUGAAAGUGGUGGGGCAGGUGAUGUUGAGGCAGAAUCUGCCAGACUCGUUGCCGAUGAGCAAAUAGUUUCUCAGCUUCUGUCUAUGGGGUUUGGCCAAUUACCUUGUGAGAAGGCUGCCAUUUAUACUUCUAAUGCUGGAGUUGAAGAGGCAAUGAAUUGGCUGCUUUCACACAUGGAUGAUCCUGAUAUCAAUGAUCCUAUAUCACACACAUCUCAAAAUGCUGUUGCUUCUGUUGACCAAUCACAUGUUGAUACUUUAGUUUCAUUUGGUUUUCAAGAAGAUGUUGCUAGAAAGGCUCUAAUGGCUACGGGCGGAGAUAUUGAGAAAGCAACUGACUGGAUUUUUAACAGUCCUGAUGCUAUUUCUACAUCACACAUGGAUACUUCGAGCAGUGGCGCUACAUCUGCUGAUAAUGAGCUACCAGAUGGAUCUGGAAGAUAUCGGCUUCUUGGAUUUGUGAGUCACAUGGGAACUUCAACCCAUUGUGGCCAUUACGUCGCUCACAUCUAUAAAGAGGGAAAAUGGGUACUAUACAAUGACGAGAAAGUUGGAGCUUCUGUCAACCCUCCAAAGGACAUGGGAUACUUGUACUUUUUUGAGAGACUGACUGAUUGUUGAUGUAUCCAAUUCAUAUCCAACAUAUCACAUCUCUUCAGAGUACGUGUCAACAUUUUAGGAAAACUAUAAUUCUAUUUUACAUAGUCAGCAAAAAAGUUAUUUGAUUGAAUUUUUUUGCUAAGAUCUCUGUUUAAGAGUAUAGUUGAAUAACUGCUACCUUAGAAUUUAGUGGGCAUUCAUAGUGGAAUUAUAUUCAGGAAUUGUAGUGAAUUUUUGAGUUUUAUAGGAAACACUGCAAUUUAGAGGUACUGAUCAAUUGCAUGACAUGAUGCACAACUACAGGCUUAAAGUUGACUCAGGGCUGACUUUGCUCA